AUGGACCCCCACUGCCCACUAUUGAUCCCACUUCCCCCACCCCAGCUGCGCCUCAUCCGAGUAACGCGCUUCCUCCUGCGCUACACGGCCCUCGAGCUCUCCUUCACCUCCCCCGCCGCACGCCCGCCAGCGCUCUUCACCUUUGCCUCACCACGCCUCGCAGCCGACUUCGCAGCAAAGCUAGCCGCCGUGGCCAACGCUACGGCCCGGUCCACGCGCGCGCGCGAGGAGCACGUGAUGGUCGUCGACCGGCGCCGCGCCCUGGACCGCGCGGAGAAGGCGGCAGCGGCGUGGCGGCGGCGCGAGCUGAGCAACUUUGAGUACCUCAUGGCGCUCAACACGCUGGCGGGGCGCACGUACAACGACCUCUCGCAGUACCCCGUGUUCCCGUGGGUGAUCGCGGACUAUGAGAGCGAGCGCCUGGACCUGCAGAGCGAGAGCACGUUCCGUGACCUUGGCAAGCCCGUGGGCGCUCUCAAUGCCAAGCGCCUCGAGAUGUUGCGUGAUAGAGCAGAGAGCUUUCGAGACCCCGACAUUCCAAGUUUCCUGUACGGCUCACACUACUCCACAGCAGGCAUCGUGCUCUUCUACCUGCUGCGCCUCGAACCCUUCGCCACUCUCAGCUGCCGCCUGCAGGGCGGCAAGUUUGACCAUGCGGACAGGCUGUUCCAGUCGGUGGCGGUGACGUGGGCCAACUGUCUGACCAACACGAGCGACGUCAAGGAGCUCAUCCCCGAGUUCUUCUACCUGCCUGACUUCCUCGCCAACGCCAACCACCUCUAUCUGGGGCAGUGCCAGGACGGCUCCAUGCUCAAUGACGUCGUGCUGCCGCCCUGGGCGCAGGGCAGUCCAGAGCUCUUCGUGCGGCUCAACCGGGAGGCCCUUGAGAGCGAGUGGGUGAGCGCAAACCUGCACCGUUGGAUCGACCUCAUCUUCGGCUACCAGCAGCGGGGGCUGGCAGCAAUGGAGGCAGACAACGUGUUCUUCUACCUCACAUACGAGGGCGCUGUGGACAUGGAUGCUCUAGACGACCCCAUGGACCGGGCGGCCAUAGAGGAGCAGAUCGCCGCCUUCGGCCAGACGCCCGCCCAGCUCUUCCGCCGCCCACACGAGCCCCGCGGCCCGCCGCCCCGCGCCGCCCGCCCGCUGCUGCACCGGCCGGCGGCGCUUGGACUUUCUGUGGUGGUGCCGGCGUGUCCCCCUGCUGGUGGUGCUGCGGGUGGUGGUGGGGGCGCGGGGGGGAGUGUGGGGGAGGUGCUGCGGCAGCAGUGGGAGGUGGGGGUGGUGUUUGUGGGGGUGGCGCAGGGGCGGGUGGUGACUGUAACGAGGGGGCAGUGCAUGGCGGCACGGCUGUGGAACACUCCUUACAGCUCCGGAUACCAAGUGCUGGCUGCGGACGCGCCCUUCUCAUUGAGCGAGCCGCUCAUCUCUCGGCGAAUCGGGGCGCCCUUCGCGUCCACGAGUGGGGACGUGAGUCCGCACUGCUUCGCGCUGCUGCGCGGGGCCGCCUCGCCCUUCCUGCUGUGCGCCGCACACUGGGACUGCUCCACGCGCCUCGUGGCUGUCAGUGACGGCCGCACCCUGCAGGCCGUCAGGCAGCACACCGAUGUCGUCACCUGCCUCUCCGCAUCGGAGGACGGCCUGUGGAUGGCAACAGGCAGUCGCGACACAACAGUGAUGGUGUGGCACGUAGACCGCACACAGCCACGCCCCUCCGCUGACCCCGUGCUGCCCUGCAAGCCGCACCUCCUCCUCUGUGGGCAUGACGACGUGGUCACUCAGGUGCUCGCGUCCUCCCCACUUGACCUCGUGCUCUCAGCCUCACUGGACGGCUCGCUGCUGCUGCACUCGCUCUCCUCAGGCCGCUUCAUCCGCUGCAUCCGCCACCCGCUGCGCCACGCCGUGCAGCGAAUGGCGGUGAGCCAGCUGGCGCUGGUGGCGGUGCACUCGGAUGCAGACGGCUGGCUGCGCGUGGCGUCCAUCAACGGCAAUUCCAGCAGUGGUGAGAAUAAAGCAGCUUCGAGUAGCGGUGGUGAAAGCAGUGGCAUGCCUGUGUCUGUAUCCCUUCCUGGCUCAGCGGCGGCGACAGCAGCAGCAGCAGAGGUGGACAGUGUGACGUGCAUGGCAGCGAGUGCGUGCGGUGAGUUCCUGGUGACAGCAGGAGCAGCGGGGCGGGUGACAAUACGAUCCUUCUUCACACUGGCCACGGUGGUGGUGUACGAGGGGGUGGGCGUGCCCGCCUGCUCCAUCGCCGUCACCAGUGAGGACGCCAUUCUCGUGGGCCUUGAGGACGGUCGUCUGCUGCUCUACUCGUUGCGUGCCGAUGCCCUCACCGACUGA